ACGCCGGAAGUACGUCGGGCGGAGUGGAACUUCAGGAGGAAGGGCUCGGGUUUAGGCUUCAGGAGAGGCCGCUCUGCUCUACCUCUCGUUGGUUCCGGAGGUCACUGAGGCUGUGGGAAAUGCUGGCGCGCGCGGCGCGGGGCACUGGAGCCCUUUUGCUGAGGGGCUCUGUGCAGGCUUCUGGCCGAGCUCCGCGCCGCGCCUCCUCUGGACUGCCCCGGAACACCGUGUUACUGUUUGUGCCUCAGCAGGAGGCCUGGGUAGUGGAGCGAAUGGGCCGAUUCCACCGGAUCCUGGAACCUGGCUUGAAUGUCCUCAUCCCUGUGUUAGACCGAAUCCGAUAUGUGCAGAGUCUCAAGGAAAUUGUCAUCAAUGUGCCUGAGCAGUCGGCUGUGACCCUUGACAAUGUAACUCUGCAAAUAGAUGGAGUCCUUUACCUGCGUAUUAUGGAUCCUUACAAGGCAAGUUAUGGUGUGGAAGACCCUGAGUAUGCUGUCACCCAAUUAGCACAGACGACUAUGAGAUCGGAGCUUGGCAAACUCUCUCUGGACAAAGUUUUUCGAGAGCGGGAGUCCCUGAAUGCCAACAUUGUGGAUGCCAUCAACCAGGCUGCUGACUACUGGGGUAUCCGCUGCCUGCGUUAUGAGAUCAAAGAUAUCCAUGUGCCGCCCCGAGUGAAGGAGUCGAUGCAGAUGCAGGUAGAGGCAGAGCGGCGGAAGCGGGCCACAGUUCUAGAGUCUGAAGGGACACGAGAGUCAGCUAUCAAUGUGGCAGAGGGGAAGAAACAGGCCCAGAUUCUGGCCUCCGAAGCAGAAAAGGCUGAACAGAUAAAUCAGGCAGCAGGAGAAGCCAGCGCGGUUCUGGCCAAGGCCAAGGCUAAAGCUGAAGCGAUUCGAAUCCUGGCUUCGGCUUUGACUCAACAUAAUGGAGAUGCGGCAGCUUCCCUGACAGUGGCUGAGCAAUAUGUCAACGCGUUCUCCAAGCUUGCCAAGGAUUCCAACACAGUCCUCCUGCCCUCCAACCCCAGUGACGUCACGAGUAUGGUGGCUCAGGCCAUGGGUGUGUAUGGGGCUCUCACCAAAGCCCCAGUGCCAGGAGCCCAGAACUCCAGCGAAAACAGCAGAGAUGUCCAGGGUACAGAUCCAAGUCUUGAAGAACUGGGUAGAGUCAAGCUCAGUUAAGGAGAUGGCUUGGCCAGGGAGUCUGGGGGCAGGGAACAGUACUCUCAGAUUCUGGCUCCAGCCUCCCUGCCAAAAUUUUAGUUUUUAUUUUUUUAUUUGAACUUAAUAAUCAUGUAAUAAACUUAUCAGUGGCAAAUUGGAAA